AUAUAAUCGAUGGCACAAAGUCUGGUAAUUCAUGCUAUCAAUCGCCUUAUAGUUCAUCACUAAAGCAAAGUGAGGACUGUUUGGUACUAAACAUAUUGACACCAAAUGUGGACAAACCGCUAAAACCAGUCAUGUUUUGGUUGUACGGCGGGGGUCUCAAUGGGGGCACUAUUUUUAAUACAAUGUCCAACGGGUCCUAUUUGGCCGCACAUGAUGUGGUGUAUGUGUCGGCUAACUAUAGGCUCGGAAAGUUAGGCUUUCUAUACGGUGGUAACGGGUCGACAGCACCGGGAAAUGUGGGUCUCUACGAUCAAGUGAUGGCUUUGAAAUGGAUUAGAGAAAAUAUCCAUUCAUUUGGUGGGGACAAGGAUCAGAUCACAGUAUUUGGUGAGAGCGCGGGUAGUCGGUCCAUAUCAGCACUGAUAGUAUCGCCGGAAACUAAGGGUCUGUUCCGUCGGGUUAUUAUGGAAAGCGGCGCUAAUUUGCAUUAUAAGGGACGACAACAACACACAACUGCCGAGGCUUUGAUUGAAUCGCAAACUAUAGCCAAAGCUCUGAAUUGUAGCGAAGAUUAUGAAAGCAAUGAAAUGUUGGACUGUUUGCGCAAAAGAGAUCCCAAAGACUUCAGUAAAUUUCAACAGCAGUUUACUUUCCCAUUGGAGGGAACGGACUUUUUGCCAAUUUCUAUACAACAGGCUUUCCAAGAAGCAAAGUAUAACAAA